AUGGGUUCAAAAGGGUUCAUGUAUGCCAAAAUGGUAGCAGCCCUUGUGCCAGACCCGGAAGAAAUCAAGAAGAAAUGGAGCCCGGAACUGCGCCAGCACCUGGAGGAAACCCGAGAAGAGCGUGAGAAGAACAUGGAACUUUUUUUUGCCGACUUGAAAGAGUUAAGUAAAUCCAACUUGAAUAUCUGGAUGGCGAUGAGAGAAAGAGACAUCAGAAGGAAGCAGGAAGCAAAGCAGAAACAACUGGAAGAACGAGCACUGGAGCGGCGGAUGAGGGAGGAGAUGAGAGCAGAAGCUCUGGGAGCUCAGGACAAAUAG